AUGCAGCCGCGGAAAAUCGCGGCCACGACCCUGGCAGAGCGGAUCGCCGCGGAGCGCUGCCAAUCCUUAGGCGAGGACGUCGGGUUCCAGGUGCCCUUCGGAUCUCGCGCGGAGAGCGCGCGGCUGGUGUUCUGCACCCUGGGCGUUUUUCGACGCCGGCUUCUGAACGAUCCCGACCUCCUCGGUGUGACUCACAUCAUCUUCGACGAGGUCCAUGAGAGGGACAAGCUCGCAGACUUCAACAUGAUCUUCGUGCGAGACCUCCUCGCCAGGAGAUCUGACUUGAGGUUGAUGCUGAUGAGUGCGACCUUACAGAUGGACACCUUUGAGCGCUACUUCCAAGGCGCCUUCAAGAUCCGGAUACCGGGCCGGGUCUACCCUGUCAGUGAGCUCUACCUGGACGAAGUCGCUGCCACGCUCUGGAAGCAGCCUAUGUUCCGGCAGUGGCUCGGGCCAGGCAUCCUUUGCGGCGGCAUCGAUAUCCCAGCCGGUGCAGAGGGCGACUGGAACGAGAAGGCGUGGAAGCAAAUCGUCUUCAGGAAUACCAAGCCGGAGGACCGCGAUACCUUAUGGGGCCUUCGCGACAAGGGUCUGGAGGCGAAGAUGACCGCGCCCAUGACCAAAGCGCGUCUCACGGAUGGCCUUCGGAAGCACGAUGUGCUUCAGCAGGCCGGCCUGUACUUCGACUACCCCAUCAUCGAGGCGCUCAUCCUCCACAUCGACAGGAUGUACAAGGAUGCGCAGAAAGCGCAGGCGGACGGCCAGGAGAAGCCGGCCGGGACCAUCUUGGUCUUCCUCCCUGGCUGGGGCGACAUCGACCAGUUGCAGAAGAGGCUGCUGCAGAACUUCGACCCCAAGCGCUUCAAGAUCCUUCCCCUGCACUCGCAGGCCGGUGACUUUUUUUUCUUUUACCUGGCCUUUUGA